AUGCUGACCAUGUGCGUUGACGUCGAACACAAGACGUGGGGCACCUUCCUUCUGUACGUGACCUUUGCGUACAACACGGUCGUGCAAGAGAAGACGCAGAUGCAACCGUACACUUGGGUCUACGGAAGAAACCCGGAGUACCGUCCGUUUUUGAACACGCUCAACGACACCGACUGCGACUACGAGCGCCGUGGCUUAGAGGGCAAAGUGGUGCUGGUAGAGCGCUGCGACAACGUCUCCAACAACGACAUCAUCCUGCAGGCAAAGAGUGCCAAGGCCAAUGGCAUCCUCAUUUCCGUCAACGCAAGACACGCGGCUGAAGAAUCGAAGACCAGUAUCAAGAGGCUUGACAUCACCGCCGGUUUUAUCAUCAAUGAAACCGCUCACAAGAUCGCGAAAUACGACGACCACCACAACCAGAGCCUAGUGGCGAAGCUUUUUUCGGUGCAAACUUCGUUCGACUGGAGCUUCGCCGUCAUCUGGGGGAUCGCCAUGGUAACGGUGGUUGGUGGCGCCUACUGGUCCGGCUUGGUGCAGCUCGUGCAGUACCAGCCCAGGGUGCCCAAGCCGAAGAAGAAAUCCCGGCGUGCAACCAAAAGCCACCGACAAGCUUCCGAGGGAAACGUGAACAACGCAUCCGACGGGUCUCUGGUGCACAUUCCGCCCGACCGGGACUUCACGGAGAGCAUUGGUGAGCUGGAGGAAGAGUUCACGGUGCCACUCUCUCCUAAGCUGGUCAUCAUGUUCGUCAUCCAUAUGAGCGUCAUGCUGCUCGUGCUGUACUACUUCUACCGGUACCUGGGUCUAACACUGUGA